GCGGUGACAGAAGCUAUGCUUGGAUCGUUUCUCACUUUUGCGAUCGAUGGCGCCUCUCUCUAAACAUUGCAUCGAUAUCUCCGGUAAACAGGGACAUUAUCACCAUCGGCAGGUAUUAUGUUCGCGAGGGAUACGAACAAGAAGUAGGCAGAAAAACUAUAUAUAUAUUAUACUUAUAUAUAUAGACAGAGCGGGAACAAGCAGGUAGACGCAGCGAGCGCAAAGGUGAGAAAGAGAUAUAGGCUGGGUUUAGCGAGUACGGGAGAAAGAGAAAGGCGAACGACUUUAUAAACCUGCAUUCCUCUACUCCGCUUUUUCAAACGCGUGCAAGCCGCUGCAUCGAGAGAUCGGCUACAGUUGCGAUGCAUUCGAGUUCUACGCGAACCGUUUACGUGCGCACAUCUUAUAAUGCAUCUCUCAAUGAAAUUGCGAUCGCAACCAUCAUCCACCGUCGUGCAAAAUUGUACAACGUGAUGUGCACACGAUCAACAGAAUGGAAUUUAUAGAUUCCACAAAGUUAGGAAAUGGCGCAAGUAUAUGUGAGUGCACGCCGGAACACAGUAAUCUUCAUUUUCACGUGUCACGUCAGCCAAAGAUUUAUAGCAGUGCGCGAAUGGAAAUAUCAGCCGUGAAACGUUUUAUCUAUAAAAUUACAUUGGAUACGAUUUGUAUAUACUGAAUUAUAUGCACAGCGAUCGUAAAUCAAAACACUAUCAGUCUUGAGACGAAGAUGACAAUAAGUGAAAUGAUAUCAAUUAAUACAAAAGGAAUUAAACAAAAAUGCAUAGCAUGGAGCUUUCGAUUCCCAUCUAUGGGUACUCUGCAGAACCUAGGUACCAACAGCCGACGGCGCAAACGGAAUGGUCUUGCUUCGUCGGACUCGUGUAAGGAUCUUCGGCAGAAGAGACACACGAUACACCUGCAACCGGAAGUAAUCAUUCAGAAAGAGCCGUGCUUGAUCGUAACUCCGCCGUCACCUGAGAAUCUCGUCGAGGAUAACUCCAGGACGCCGGAGGAAGACGACGACGCGAGGGUGGAUCAUCGUAUCUAUCCUCUAAGUGAACGAGAAUUACCCUCAACGAAGAUACCCGAAAAUAGCAAUAACCUGUCUCCACUGAUGGAGCCACCUGAGGAAUCCACUCGCAAACUCUUGGAAAGAGAAUUGCGACUUCUCGAUCCUCGAGAUCUACGAUCGCAUGCCUGGUACCAUGGCAGUACGUUGCGUGGUGGUCGAAAAGGUGCGGAGGCGGAAGUAUCGAAUGACGGUGAUUUUUUAGUGCGCGAUUGCGCCUCCCAACCCGGCAAUUAUGUCCUAACUGUACGAUGGAAAGGUCAACCGUUACAUUUCGUCAUCAAUCGAGUCGUAAUUCAGCCCGAUACGGUUUAUGAAAGGGCGCAGUAUCAGUUCGAAGAUGAAGCUUUCGAUACGGUCGCCGAUCUAAUAACCUUCUACGUUGGCAGUGGUCGCCCGAUUAGCCAAGCUAGCGGAGCUCGAAUCAUUACUCCAAAGCCCAGAUCAGUGCCACUGACAUGCGUUGCAGGGCCUACGAGUAAUCAACACUGUUCUAGUCCUUCCUCCACCUCUCUGUCAACUGGUUCGCCACCUCGCCUACCCAGAAAACAACAGCGCAGCCAUUCUUUGACCGCUCAACAUCAUACUCCAGAUCAGCACGUUGCUCGAGACAGCAAUCAACAAACAGGGCCGCAAUUACCUAUCCAAUCCAGUACUUUACCACGAGUACCGCCAAUUCAGAACCAACCGCCCUCUUGUUCUCUGUCGUUGGGUCGUCAGAAGAUCACCCGGGUGAUAUCGGAUCCAGCGUUGCAACAGCAACAGCAACAGUCACCAAGUUUGAAUCUUCAAAACACCUUGAACACAGCGCCACCUAAACCUCCCAGAGUCCCCUACGUGCCAAAUCAUCAGCAUCAUCAUCAUCACCAUCAUCAUCACCACCACCAUCAUCAUCAAAGCUAUCAAGCCUCCGGUAGCGACAGCGGAAACGGAUCGGGAGACAGCGAGUUCGAGACUAAUAAUUCUGGCGGUGCCAGUAAUCCCUCUUCUUCGGUGCCAAUCAAGGGCGUAGUGAUACGUAGUCAUUAUAACACCAGUAACGACGGUAUCAAUGGCAAUAAUAACAGCGAAUACGAACUAUCGGUAGAAGAACAAUUGGUGGUAGCCGCACCAUCUCUAGAAAUUACCACUAUGCUCGAUAUCGAAGGUUUUACGACAUUGCUGUUACCAACCGGCGAACACAGACCUUUGGAUCCAACAGCCCUGAGGGGAGUCUCAGGAAUGUUAUUGGAUUCAGCACCAAGAGUGCUCGCCUCUCAUCUCACGAGGCUCGAUCUUGAAGUGGCACUUCAACCGGGACCAGGAAAUAGAAGUGGAUUAAGCGGUAUCGAACUGGCGACCCUUCCUCACGGUAGACAAGCUAGAAUGGACCUAAUUGAGAGAUCUGAAUGCCUGAAACUAUUGGUGGCGGUGACCGUGUUGGCUGGCGCUACAGCUAUAGAAAGAGCAGCUACUAUCAGUAAAUGGAUCAAAGUAGCAAUCGACACUAAAACCGCGCUCGGCAAUCUUUAUGGCUUCUGUGGCGUAAUGCUCGGUCUAUGCUUACCGCAAAUUCAGAGACUGGCCAAUACAUGGCACUUACUACGACAAAAACAUACGGACGAAGCUUUCAGUUUCGAAGCGAAAUUGAGACCUACUCUACGGGCUAUGAACGAAUGUACCAAUCCGCAGGCGCCUAAUACAACGUUGCCACAUUUGCUACCGAUUGCACUACUUGGUGAACGUAGUCCCGAAGAUGUUUUAGGUACCGUAGCACCUUUCGGACUCACAGCAGCGAUUCUUUCACCAUGGGAAAAUUCGGCAUCUGAUUGCGGUCUAUCAAUCGUCUGGUCGCAUCUUGAGGCUGCUCGCAAGCUAGCCGAUAGUUUGCCGCUUUUUCGCAGAAAUGCGGAAAUUGUCUUAGAAGGUUGCAGGAAUGAUGAAUUACUAUCGGACGCCUUUCGUACUGAAUUUCACAUCAAGUUCUUAUGGGGCAGCCGCGGUGCUACUGUCGCUCCGGAAGAACGUCAUUUGAAGUUUAUUCAAGUCUUAGACGCAAUGUACGACAAGUGUGCGGCGAGCGAAGUGGCCGCUUAAAAAAUAAACCAAAGGAUCUCAAAGAUCUGAAUAGAGAGAGUCUGGAAGAGGUAAUUCUCUAUAUGAGAGUUUAUCCUCUUCCUCGAAAUGCGGGAAAUAUCACCGUUACGGAUUUUUUUUUAGAUUUUUAUAGCUUCGAAUGCGUCGGCUAACACGAUACCACAAGAAAUUAAAACAUCCCAUGCAUUAAUGAAGAGCCACCUUAUUGCUACUAUAUAUAAUCCCAAAUCGUAGAGCAUGUCUCUAAAAUAUCGAAUGUUCUUCCUAAACCUAAUGCUUGUUUUGAGUCGUGUAAGCAACAGCAUCCAAAGAAUUGAUCGAGAGACUUGAUUGAAGCCUACAUACGUAUCGUCAACUGUACUUAACUUUAAUUGACAAUGUAAUUCUAUAAUGUUAUGUUGUAAGUGUUGUUCAUAUUUGUUCAUACUUAAUAUACAGAUUUAAAAAA